AUGACACUGGUGAACGCGACAUCUGACAGUGACAAAGACGAGUCUGAAUUGGCUUUGAAGUCUAUAUAUCUAUCGAUCUAUUUCCCUAUCUAUCGAUCUAUCUACCUAUCUCAGUUUUCUUCAUAUCUAUCUAUCUAUCUAUCUAUCUAUCUAUCUAUCUAUCUCAGUCUUCUUCAUAUCUAUCUAUCUAUCUAUCUAUUUAUCUAUGUCAAUCUUCUUCAUAUUUAUCUAUCUAUCUAUCUAUCCUCAUUUUUCUUACCUCGUUCUCAUUUUCCCUCUACUUUUUCAGGUUUAUCAUCCUUUUUAUCGUUUCGUUUUUUUUCUCUCUUUUUAAUUCUUUUGACUUCCAUCUUCCUUCCUCUCUCUACCACGUUUUACUUUAUUUUCCUCUCGUUCUGUUAUUACGUAUUUAUUCCAUUUCAAUCUUUCCCAGUUUCUUUCCUUCCACUCUCUCCGUUCUUUCUUUCUUUCUUUCUUUCUUUCUUUCUUUCUUUCUUUCUUUCUUGUCGUCCGUUCUUUCUUUCUUUCUUUCUUUCUUUCUUUCUUUCUUUCUUUCUUUCUUUCUUUCUUUCUUUCUUUGACAUUCUUAUUUACCCGUCCUCUCCUUCACUUUCUCUUCCUCGCUUGCAGUCUGUCGUUAAACGCAUGGGGACAUUAUCUUCCCUUUCUUACUCUCUCUCUCUCUCUCUCUCUCUCUCUCUCUAUCUAUCUAUCUAUCUAUCUAUCUAUCUUAUAUGGUUCAUACCAGAAAAAUAUCGCGCCUUAGAUGUCCGUUCUCAAUCAUUUAAAAAAAAAAAUUCGAUCUUUAUCCAUACACUCGCCCUCUCUCUAUGUCCCUCUGCCUUCUUCCAACCUCCCCUCUCCAUCUUUUCUUUAUCUAUCUCUCCUCCCACUGCUGCUAGUUCUCAUUCCUUUCAAUGGUAG